AUGGCUCCCACCAACAGUUUCUUGGUCCACAUAGAGGAAAAACUCCUGCCGAAAGAGAAGAAUAAACUCAGGAAGCCGGUGGUGGAGAAAAUGCGCCGGGAUCGCAUUAACAGCAGCAUCGAGCAGCUGAAAGUCCUGCUGGAGAAGGAGUUCCAGAGACUUCAGCCCAACUCCAAGCUGGAGAAAGCCGACAUCCUGGAAGUAGCGGUCAGCUACCUGAAGCAGCAGAGCCAGCUGCAGGCACGAGCUUUCAGUCAGAAAAGCCCAGAGCAAGAUUUUAACACCGGAUACCUGCGCUGCCUCAAAGAAGCACUGCAUUUCCUGUCCUACUAUGAGCCUAGGAAGGAAGCUCAAGCCCAGCUGAUCAAGCAUUUCUGCAAAGCUCAAAUGAUCCCAGACAAUCCCUGCUCCCCCCCUGUGCAGAGCCCACCCCCGUCGCCCUGCCCGAUCCCCAGGAAGCACCCUACCCAGAAGACUGCUGUUGCUCCUUCCAUCUGGAGGCCCUGGUAG